AUGGUCUACUAUUUCACAUCCAACGUGGUCUCUCCCUCCGCGUUUAUCUACGUCGGCAAGGAUAAGUUCGAAAAUGAGGAUCUGAUUAAAUUCGGCUUGGACCACGAUGUCUGCGCCCACGUCUACUUGCGCAUGCGCGAAGGCGAAACCUGGGACCAGAUCCCCGAGCCCCUGCUCGAAGACUGCGCGCAACUGACAAAAGCGAAUUCUAUCGAGGGGAACAAAAAGGAUAACGUGACCAUCAUUUAUACGCCCUGGUCGAAUCUGCAGAAAGAUGGCUCGAUGGCGACCGGACAGGUCUCGUUCCACAAUCCCAAAUUGGUGAAGAAAGUCCUGGUUCGGGUGCGCGAGAACCCCAUCGUCAACCGUCUGAACAAGACUCGCGUGGAGAAAUUCCCCGAUCUGCGCGCCGAGAAGGAGGAGUUUCUGAAGAAGAAACGCCGCGAUGAGCGUAAGACUCGCGAGCAGCAGCAGAUCAAGGAGAAGCAGGAAAAGCGAGAGCGGGAACAGCUUAAAUGGCAAAAGGACCAUGCGUACGAUGAUAUGUUCUCCGCGGAGAACAUCGAGGCUAGCAGUAAUCAAGAUCGGGACCCGGAUUUCUUGGACGAUUUCAUGUAA